GCUAAAUAAAAAUCGGUGACCUGAAGUCUACGUAUAAGCUAACGUUCUAUAGAUCUUUCAAAAUCGGAACAAGAAUCAAGGAAAUUUAAACGAAAACCGGAAAUUCUAGCAAUUGUAGUAGAGGAAACUGUGGUUAAAGUACAGCAGUUAAUACAACGGUUUUAAUUUUCACUUCUUAACCACAUAUCUUACAAUCUUUGAGCUCAAGCUAAUUAAAUCUCAUUUGCUCAAUUACUGAAAACUAAUGUUAUCUUUACAUCCAUUUAUAGCAUGGGUGAGCUACGGGAUAGAAAAGUACCAAAGUUUUUGAGUUUUAAACGUUCAGAGCCUAUCACGAAGUCCCAUUUAAAAAAUAAAGAACGCGAACGAAGGAGACCAAGACAACAUCAUCAUGAGAAGAUAAAAAAGUUGAAUAUUGAAGACCAAGUACGAGCUUUAAAGGAUGUAAAAGUUGACGUGAAAGGCGAUAUUGAUAUUCCUCAAUAUGGUCUACGGCUCCGAUAUUCUACUCCAAAAUACAGACGAGAAUCCUCUUUUGUUUAUGGAUAUUCGCAUCUGUACACCAUUGUUUCUCAUAGAUCAUCAAAAGUGGUAUUGCUCGCUGUCAAGGAUGCGAACAAUUUGCCUGACAAGGACAUAACUCAAAAAUUAUCAAAUGGUCAUUCUGGAUACGUGAAAAUUAAUCGAAAUCAAUCCGAGUCUGUCUCUGACUUUCUUCUUUUUUCUCCGUCUAACCAGAAUUCUUCUUCAGAAGCUGACAAUGUUGAUAUCUCAUCUAAUGUAUUGUUUCUGAAUGAUUAUCUAAAAAAAGAACUCGUUGAAGGUAACAAAUUAGUUGAAAGUCAUCCAGAACUUGCUUCCUCUUGGCUUAAAGUUUCUAGCAUUCAAGAGAAACUGGCACACACAAUGUCUCAAAAUGCGAACGACACUCUGAGGGGAAAAAAACUAGCUUAUGGGAUUCGUCAAGUCAAGAUUAAUGUAUUAGAAAGAGCGUUACAGUGCGACGAGCUAAUUGCAGAUGAGCGUGAGACAAUCAUUAUCGAGUACAUGAAAAUAGCUCAGGAAGAAUAUGACACCGACGCACUCAAUACAAAAUGGAAAGCAUUCAUCAAUGAGUAUCCCUCUUCCAGUGGUCUCUGGAUUGAGUACAUAAACCAACAACUGACGCAAUUUCACUCUUUUUCUGUUGAUCACAGCCUGGAAAUAUUUCGGUCAUGUAUUGAUGCUUUGUCUAAAGCGUUGGUAAAUGCAGCAGUGGAAGAAAGAUUACCGCUGGAAGAAACAAUGUCGUAUAUCAUAUUACGUUUGUGUAUUUUUCUAAAAGAAUCUGGUUAUUCUGAAAUGGCAUUGGCGUGUAUGCAGCUUCAGAUGGAGCUGUGCUACUUCUUUCCUGAUACACUUGACCCACAAAAUACAUCAUCAGUGUUCAAGUCGCUCUCUGCUUUUUGGCAUUCGCAAGUUCCUAAACUCGGCGAAGUGAAUGCUGUAAGCUGGGAUUCUUGGUGCGAUAAUCACUCCGGCACACCGUUAAGAUCUGCCUUGGAUGAAUAUGACAUUAUGGAGAAAGAACACGAUCUCGACAAAUGGGUUAAUCGUGAAGCAGCUUUUUCAAAGCAAUUCUUGAGACCUCGUAUUUUGGAUCCAAUCGUAUUUUCUAAAGAUGGUGAUCCCUACCGCGCAGUGUUAUUUAAAGACAUUCGCCCUUAUCUUUGCAUCUUCAAGCAAAAGGAAGUGAUCGCUAGCUUCAAAUACAAUUUUUUGGUAUUUCUUGGUCUUCAUUCCGCGAUUCCAGCAGGAGUAUCGACCAAUUCAUCCUAUUUUAGUGAUAUAUUCAUUCAAGGGUACGAUUUUUCCAUAUUGAGUGAACAAAAUCGAUGCUCAACUACAUUUCAUCGUUUUUGUAUCCCCUCUUUUUUGGAAAACUUCGUAGUCCCGUUUCCAAACUGGCCUGUUGUCCCAUUAUUAAACUUGACUCAUUGCGAAGAAUCGCGCCUAACUUUUAUUUACGAAGUUUUAAGGGCUAUAACGAGCAAGUGUCUUGAUUCCCAACUCGCUGGUUAUUAUCUAAUUUUUUUAUUCCAACAUAAAAAUGAUCUUUUUUUAUCUGAGUCCAAAUUGCUUUUACGAAAGUAUCCGAACGAUUUAGAAUUAUGGUUUUUGUUUGGUACGUUGGCACAAUCUUUGGGUAAUCCGGAUUUAGCUGGUAAAAUAUUCAGGACUCUGCAAGGUCGUACAGUAGCUAAUGGUUUCGAAAAGUGGCAUCUAUACAGUCUUCUAUGCCCGUUCUACAUUUUUUCAAACUCCCUUGAUAUUGGUAGUAAACUUAUUUCAGACCUGAUUGAUAAUGAGAAAAUUGAUAUCUUUAACGAAGGGAACACCCUCCGCUAUAUGCAAAGUUCGGACAAUGCUAAGUUGUUCUAUUACCGCGCUAAAAUUCUGCUUUUAUGGUGCUAUAUGAAGAAUUCGCAAGGAUUUAUGUCUCUUUUGAAAAGUAUUAUGUAUCAAUUUACAUACACAUGGACAGAUGAUGAUGCAUAUCAUGAACAAUUACAUAUGUUUGGUUUAAAACUUGUUGUUUAUUUCACUUCAAACACGAGAGUCUACAAACAGAAAGACUUAUGUCAUGUUGUGAGCGAAGGCAUUUCCAAAUAUCCCAAUAAUGCAUUGUUUAUGCAUUAUUUGACAUUUGCACAGGCUUCGACUUCUUUUGAACAGACAUGGCGAUUUCUCUUCCUUAAAAUUAAUGAGUUGCAGAACGCACAUUCUAUUGUUCUAACAAUGUACACUGCCUGGUUACUAAAUGUGUAUUCAAAAAACAAAAUUAGGUGUUACAGGUUUCUGAAAAACAUUCUCCAAAACGCGAAUUAUAAGUCGAGUACUGCACUGUGGAAAAUGCUGUUACAAAUGGUAACGAAGUAUGAGGCUCUCAACCUCGCACAUGAAUCCGUAAUAGCCUGCCCAUGGAGUAAAGACAUUGCUCUUUGUGCCAUACAAAACGCAUUGAAGCAGACGACUAAUGUGGAUCUGCUAUAUUUCAACUGUUUGGCUAAAGGUCUAAGGUUUCAUUAUUUACUGCAGUCAACCGAUUAAUAAGGAUCAACUGUAAUAUUAUUUAAUACUUAAGACGUUAUUUCUGUAAAGUAAUUCUUACAUUUCUCAUAAAAUGGUGCUUUGCCUGUAAGUCAUGAAGCAAUUUUACGAACCCAACGUUCAGUGUUAUUACAAUCAAAGCAAGUACCAUUUAGCUCAAAUAUUUUUUUCUUUUUUAAUCAUAUU